GUUGAUUUUAUGGUCUAUUGAAUUAUAUGAUACAUUAUAAGAAAAUCAGUUCUAUUCAGAAAGGGGAACUGCAAUGAUAGGGUUUUCAUCAAUAUGGUUUAUUUUUAUUCUCAAUAUGAAAUGUUCGUUCGGAGUAGACUGGAAAAAUGAUGAACAAUGUGGUAUCUCUUUCACAGAACGUAUAAUCGGUGGCAAUAUGGCAUCUGCCGGCAAGUAUCCUUGGCUUGCCCGAUUGGGCUACAAAACAAAAAUAAAAGGAAGAUACACUUUCUUAUGUGGGGGUGCCCUGAUUAAUAAGAAAUUUGUGAUAACUGCUGCACAUUGUUUGGAAAAAGAUAUAGAAAUAGUACGGCUAGGAGAGACGGCCAUAACCUGCGCCUCAUCCAAAUGUGACGAUCCCAAAGUUCAACAAGUGCCAGUAAAGAAAAGUCAUAAACAUUCUGAAUUCAGUAAAAUUACUGGAUUUGCUGAUAUCGCUUUACUGGAAUUGAGGCACCCUGUCAAAUUUUCAGACUGGGUACGCCCUCUGUGCCUUAUUGAUAAUGAGCUCGUUAAACUAUACGAAAAAGUUAUAGCCGCAGGAUUCGGUAUGGAAAAUUACAUUACCCGUGAGAGACCUGAUGGAUUGAAAGAACUCGUACUGGAGAUCAUUCCAGGUAGUGAAUGUAAGCUAAGAUUUCCAAAGUCAGAUUUCAGUUCAAAAAAUUACAUUUGUGCUGGUGGUAAGAAAGGUGAAGAUACUUGCAAUGGAGAUAGUGGUGGACCGUUGAUGCAAGUUCAUAAUUUCGAUAGGGGACCUCGGAUGUAUUUAGUAGGAAUAAUUUCCUUUGGAUCCGUAAAAUGUGGUGUUGGCGUACCUGGCAUUUUUACAUCAAUUCAUUUCCACUGGGAUUGGAUCAUGAGAAUUGUGUUGAAAUAAAAGGAGAAUUACCGAUUUUAGUUCAAGAAAAAAGUAAUUUAAUUUAUCCAUGACGACUGUUAUUCAUGAAUAACCCAAAUUAAAUAUAUUGUAGGUACCAAA